AUGUGUACAGAAGGAUCAACAACUUUAUUGGAAACUGACAACGAUGCAGAAGAUGCAGAGUCUAUGGUUGGUUCAAGAUUAUGGAAAUCAAGUCAAGGAUUCAAGAGACAACAGUCAUCAUAUAUUAGUCAUCAGAGUCAAUCAUGUCAACCUGCUCAGUCAAACCAACAACAGAAACAAAGUUGCAACAAAUUCCCAAGACAAACAACACACAGAACAGUUACAGCUACAAACGAUUAUAUCCAUUCAAGUUAUAAUUUAUCAUCGACGAGAAAGUCUCGACGAAAGUUUGCCAGUCAAAUAUAUACCUUUCUCGAUAAACCAGAUGCGUUUUAUUCAGCGAGUUUAACAAAUUUAAAUCCUAAAAUUACUCAACCUUUUAAUGGACACAAAAAAUCUACAGAUUCUUCAAUAAAUGUAAAGGCAUAUUCAAAGUAUCCAAUAGCAUCUAAAUCGUCUUUAAUCAUUUCUUCUGAAACAGUGAAUAAAAAUCAAAUUAAUAAUGAGUUAAUUGAUAGUAAUAUUUCUUCAAUUCAAUCAUUUCCUAUUACAUCAUUGAAUCAACAACAUCAAGAACAAAACCACGAAGAAUUUCAUUCUUUGGAUAAUUCGAUACAUAAAUCAUCUCAUAAUGAUAUAUGUCCUAAAUCCAGUAUUAUUGAAACAAGUAUUCCGGAAGAAAACCCACUGACUACUAAUAAUACAGAAAACAGCAUAGAACCCUACUCACCAACAUCUAAAGUGAACACAAUUAAACAAAAUCUAGUAUUAUUUGGAUAUGGAAUAAUAAAAUUAUUUGAUUUAAACUUAUUCACAGAAAUGUCAUUUUUAUAUCUAGUAGGUAUUGGUGUUACAAGUCAGUUGGCAUAUUUUAUUCCGUUUGUCUAUUUAAUUGAUUAUACAGUUAGUUACGGGAUGGAACAAGACAGUGCUGUUUUAAUCGUUAUGAUAUUAAGUAUAUUCCACACACUUGGUCGAGCAACAUCUGGUAUUAUGUCAAAUGUUUUCCAUUUAGAUUCGGUAUAUUUAAGUGGACUAGCAACUUUUGGUGGUGGGCUAGCACAUGUAUUUCUCGUUUUUAUAAUUCCACAUACAUUUGUGUGGUAUUCUAUAUAUGCCAGCAUUUAUGGCCUAUGUAGUGGAAUACCCAUCCCACUUAUUCCAAUACUUCUAGUACGUUUCAGUGGACUUGAGCAUCUGACAGCGAGUUUUAGUAACUUGAAUUUACUCAAAGGUAUUUUUUCAAUGAUUGGACCUACUGUGGCAAGUAAGUACACUGUAUUUCAAUCCAGUAACUCUCCUGUUUUAUUCCUAUUUUUAAUUUACAACUAAAAGGGUUAUCCCGAUCUAUUCUCUCAAAGUUUUCAGCAGUGGAAAGAGAUUCUAAUAUGUAUCUCUGAUGAAUUUAAAUAAAGUUGGAACUCCAACCUUAUUUAUCACUUAGUAUGUACUCCACAAAUCAUAUUCUUUAAAAAUUCACAACGUUAGACCUUCAUUUGGUUUCAAUGGAUUUUCUAAAUGUAUUGGAUUUCAAUUGUACUAUAUUUUGGAGAACAAAUUGUAGGAAGAGAUUAUUUUUAACUGCUAGAUUGAAACCUAAUGGUUCACAUUCUCUGCCUGAUGUUACUUCUCAGUUCUUUUGGUCAUAAUUAAAUGUAACUGGUAGAUAUUCAUUUUCACACUUAAGUGUGUGAUUCUGCUUUCUAUCACUUAACAGCCAAAUUUAGAAAGUAAUCGGUGUUGGAAAUUCCGACACUAGUUCGAAAAACCUAUCCACUACUUUCAUCUUUCAAACGAUUCCUCAUAUUACCUCAGCCCAUAGUUUAAGUCGAUUUCAUAUAGCUGAUCCUUCACAAAUGACCGUUUUUAACCCAGCAAUAAUAAAAAAUUUACGAGUAACAUUUUCCUUAUAAUCUUCACCUUGAUUUCUUAAAUAUCCUUUUCAUUAUUGCAUUUUACUACACAUACUUUCCCUCUCAAAUUAACAUGAACUAGCUGCUCAAUGAUUAUUCUCAUUUUAUGUGAGUUUCCCAUGUAUAUCCUCACCAAUCGGUCAUUUAGUAUUGACAGUCUGUAACGCGAUAUGAUGUUGGUUGAGUUGUAUCGAUCAAAUUUCAAUUCGAACAGUAGUUUGGGUGAUUCUAUAUUACAAUGCGCUUUUUUAGAUGUUAGUUGUUUGGGAGAGAUCGGUAGGAAUAUCUUAAAAAAUAAAUCUUCAAAGCUGCUAUCCAUUAACAAGGUGAAUUUGCUUCAGCAUGACAAGAACCAACAUUUAAGGACCACCCAAACUGUAAAUACUUACAUAUAUGUAGUGAUUUAUACUUUGCUCAUAAGUUCAUCAGAUCAGCUGUUGUUUCCGAUCAAAUUCCUCAUCUUGUGCUAGCCUUUUUCCAAAAAAUACAUUAGUUGUCCAACGUAAACCAAUUAGGUCAAAAAGCAUAUAUAUAACGUAGCCAAUCACAGCCAUUGGAAAAUAGUACUUAUUAUUUCACCCACAUAUUUUAUAAACAUUAUUGAUUCACUCACAUAACUCUUUUUUUUUUCUUGUUUAUCUUUUUUUCCAAAGUUACCAUAGUUGAGUACACUAGUCAAAAAGACCAUUUAUUUCUUGUAGCGGGAGUAUGUUACAUUAUUUCUGCUCUAUUACAUUUGGGAUUAUGUCAAUAUUCAUGUUUUCCAAAAUAUUCUAAAUGUAAUACAAACAAAUAAAGAAUUAAUGAUUAUGAUGAUGCUAGUCAUUUUGAAGAUUCGUAUGCUAAAUGUUUUCCGUUUUCUUUCUAAUAAAGUGAAAUUAACAAAAAUAACUUACCAGUCGCUUUUUAAUAUUUUAUACAGACUUUUGUGAUGAUUGAAAAAAAAACUUACACUAUUUUAUACUAAACAUUAUUUCCUGUUAAUCAUUUUAUUACAUUUUUAUAAUUAAUCUUUUUAAUUCAUUGAUUAGUUUAUUUUGUAAUCAUAUAUUGAUCUCCUCACACCGAAUAUUUCCG